AUGAAGUUGGUGGUUUUGUGUUUGUUGCUCGCUGUUGGAGCGCUGGCUCAAGACGAGCCCCUCACAAGGGGAAUUGGCAAGGAGUGGGGCCCUUGGGUUUGGCCCACCAGGGGUGAAAUCUGGCCCAAGCCGAGGAGUACUGUCAACUACAACAUUGAUGGCUAUAUGGCUGUCAGAACCAACAUUUUCCGAUUCAACGUACUGAGCAACACGUGCGACAUAUUGGACGAUGCCUUGCUGCGAUACUACAGGUACCUGGUGUUGGAGCGCGAGGCAGCGUGGUCGGACCGUGCCUACGAAAGAAUGAAGUCCAACAAAAUCCCCACUGGAUUUGACAGCAUCAACUCCAAGGCUACAUUCCGAGGAAAUUUGGACGUUCUUGAUGUUGAGCUCACGUCCCCUUGCGAAAAUUUGCCGUAUCAAGGAAUGGAUGAGAGUUAUGAGCUCAAAAUUGACACGCCAGAUCUUCCAAUGGCAGGAAGAUUGAUAAGUCAAUCAAUUUGGGGAAUUUUGCGUGGAUUAGAGUCCUUUGUCCAACUUGCCGCUCCUUCUCAAGACGGGUCAGCGCUGCACAUGAACAGCAGCCACAUCACAGACUUCCCGCGUUUCCAGUACCGUGGCUUGAUGAUUGACUCCGUGCGCCACUUCCUGCCCUUACCCACCAUGUACAAGCUAAUCGAUGGUAUGGAGGCGAGCAAACUCAACGUUAUGCACUGGCACUUGGUCGACGACCAGGCCUUCCCCUACCAGAGCAAUGUGUUCCCCGAGCUCAGUGAACAAGGCGCUUACAACCCUUUCUCACACGUGUACACCCAAAACGACGUGAGGAGCGUCAUUGAAUACUGCCGACUGAGGGGCAUCAGGGUGAUCCCAGAGUUUGACUCCCCAGGACACACCAGAUCUUGGGGAAACUCACACCCUGAGCUACUGGCCACGUGCUAUGGCCCUGAUGGGCAGCCUGACGGCAGCCUUGGGCCAAUGGACCCAUCCAAGGAAUCGACCUUCGAAUUCGUCAACACCCUCUUCGGCGAGGUUGCUGGCCUCUUCCCUGAUGGCUACUUCCACCUCGGUGGAGAUGAGGUCAACUAUACUUGCUGGUCAACCAACCAGGCGAUAAACGACUACAUGGCCUCGAUCGGCAUUGCCGGUAACUACCAGCGACUGGAAGGCGUGUACGUCGACAGGGCGAUUGAGAUUGUGCGCAACCUGAACAUGAAGCCUAUGGUUUGGCAGGAGGUGUUCGACAACGGUGGCUCGUCCAUCGACGCGCAGACAGUGGUGCAUGUCUGGAAGGUGCAGGACUUCAUGCAAGAACUGGCCACGGUUACAGGUGCUGGACACGUGGCUCUCCUCUCUUCAUGCUGGUACCUGGACCAUCUGGUGACAGGCGGAAACUGGAAGGAGCUGAAUAACUGCGAGCCGCACGACUUCUCUGGUACGACUGCGCAGAAGGAUCUGGUUCUGGGAGGAGAGGCGUGCAUGUGGUCUGAGUACGUGGACACCAACAGCAUCGAGUCCAGAGUGUAUCCUAGGGCUAGCGCCAUGGCCGAGCGGCUGUGGAGCGAUGUAACCCAGACAAACACGGUUGAGGCCGCCAGACGGCUUGAGGAGUUCCGCUGCCGCCUUGUCAGGAGAGGCAUCAGGGCGCAACCUGCUAACGGGCCUGGAUACUGUCCUGGAGAAGUUUUCAAUGCAUAAUUAAGAAUUUGGACUGUAAAAAUGAUAAAUAGAAAUUUUUCGAAAUUAAAUGAGUUUGUGAGUUAAAAUAUAGUUCAUGCCAGGUUUUUAAAUAAAUGCUAAGUAUAAUAAUAUACUUUCCUCAAAAUUA